UAUUUCUAUUUAUUUCUUUGCAUUACCCUCGUCUAAAUUUUAUUUUUAUAAUUUCCCCACUCUUUAUUUUAAUUAUAUUUAUUUUAUUUUUUUAGCAUUUCUGUCACCAUUCAAGCUCGUCAAGUAAAUUAAAAUUAAUUAAAAACAUUUUAAAUAUCAUCCUUCUUUCUCUCUUUUUUCAGUCAUUAAUUAAUAAAUUAGAAUCAAUUCAAUUAAAUCUUCGUUUUGGCCAAUCAAAUAAUUUAAAAUUCCGUAUUGGACCUAUUUUUAAUUCAAAAAAAGAGCCAAUGAAUUUAAGUGCUGGAGAACGGCUUCGAGUUGAAUGGACUGUUGUACCCGUACCUGAAUUUCGUUUAACUGGUCCGAUAAUGCAAAAAAUAGAUUUAGCAUUUGCUUACCAACUUGGAGGAAGAAGAUUAGCCCAAAGACUUAAUUCCCCUUCAAUUAAAAUAUUACCACAACCUUCCCUUCGUUUACUAGCUUUUGGACAACCAACAAUUCCAACUUCUUUACCUGGAUCUCCUCCUUUUAGUUUAAUGCUUUCUGCUAUAAAUUCUGGAUAUUCAACAUUAAAAAUGGUUCAACUUCUUGAACUUCGACCAAAUUUUUCUUUAAUUGGAAACGAAAAUAAACAGUCUUCAAUUGAUUUUAAAAUUGAUGGAAUUAAUUUGGAGAGUUUAAAAGAAUCAGGGAAUGAGGGAGAAGGAAUGGCAGAAUCUCUUUCUUUUGGACAAAUUAAAUCUGGGGAGGCUUCUCAUUUAUUUUUGAAUAUUUCUUUGGAAUAUAAUGAUGAUGGACAAUAUAAAAUUGAAAAAUCAGCACUUUUUCGAAGCUUUUCUUCAGUUGUUUCUGUUGACGGUUCUCUCCUUCCUCCCGGUCAAUUUGAACAAAAAUUCUUUUUAAUUCACGAGACUACACAUAAUCAUGCAAUGUUAAUUGUUUCGGAAUAUUCUAACCCCUUUCCUUUAUAUUUAUUUUCCAAAAGACAUAAUUCAUUAACUCCAUUGACUACACUACAAUUAAUUGAAGAAAAAGAAUCUCGCCCACAAAUAAAUGGGCAUUCAUUCCUUACGCGUAUUUUCGCUCUCCGUCGUCUUUCACUUAUUUCAACAUCCCAAGAAGAUGAAAAUUUAAGAUCAAGUGUUGGUGCCAUUUUUGCUUCAGUAAAUGUUGGAACUGCGCAAACUUUUGAGAAUGGGGCAAAACUUUUGAGAGUGGCAGAAAUAGGUCCACAGGGAAGAAGACCAAUAAAUAUGAGUUUGGUUUGGAUUGGAAGAAUUAGUAAUGAAAAGGUUGUGAGGAAGAGAGAGAAGUAUUUCACCACAACCCUAAUUAAUUUCAUCGACUUGCGUGCUUCUCCAGCCAUUCCCCAACUUAUUUAUGAAUUAUUAUUUGGUUUACCCGAACAUUUUAAUUUACCUUUCUUCUCUCAACCAUUUUAUCAAUUAAAUUUGGCUUUACCUGUUAAAACAAAUGGAAAACAAAAAGUUUUGGCUAGAAUGGAAGCUAUAUCUCCAACAAAUAAACAAAUAAAAUAUUCUUUAUUAACCACAGAAAUGAAUAGUACAUUAAGUAUUGUACCUUCAACAGGUGAUAUUGUCCUGUCUGACGAUUUAUUAGAACCUUACGAAUAUUGUCUAAAUGUUGUAGCUACAGAUUCAGAAGGACAGAGUUCUCGAGUUCCAUUUCAAUUAAAUAUUUUAAAAAGAAAAAAUGAAGGAAUGACAGAAGAAUGUCAUUUAUUUAAUGAGGAAAGUAAUAAUCUUUACAAUAAUGAAUUUAAACCUAUAGAAAAACAAAAAGAAGACUUUUAUUUUCCUCCUACAACUACAACAAUUCAAUUAACAAACAAUAAAAUAGAGGAAGAAAAAAUAACCACAAUUCCUCUAAUUAUUUCAUCAGAACCUUCAAUCCCCGCUAAACCUAUUUUUGUACAUAAAAUUGUUGGGGAUUCAACACUUUCUCCUUUAACAACAUUGAAGGGGAAAUUGGAAACUGUUGGGGAUUCUCUUUUAGAGAAGGAAUUGAAAGGAAAUGAAACAGAAAAUAUAUAUUCUUUAGCUUCUACAAGUAUUUUACCUCCUUUAGAAGAAUCACCUUUAAAUAAUCUUCGAACAUUGCAACCACACAGAUUUAGUACAAGACAACAAUCAGGAUCUCUUAAAAUUGCUGGCCUUUCCGGAGGAGGUGUUGGAACAAGAAUUGGACAGAACAAUGUGAUUAUAUAUACCUUUUUUCCAAAUAAAGCCCCAUUCUCUAAUACAGCCCCAGUCUGGAGGAUAGUUGAAAAAUACAGCCCCAUGGGGCUGUAUUUGGAAAAAUACGGUACUUUGAUUCAUAAGGGUAUUUGGAUAACAAUAAACUCAUUUCGGAUGAGAGAAUCCGUUUAA